AUGCCCGGGACCUCCACUUUCGUGGACUACUACACAGUCCUCAACCUUCCCUUCAGCGGGACAACGACCAGCCUUUCGAAACAACAACUCAAACUCGCGUACCACAAAGCCCUCCUCCGCCACCACCCAGACAAAGCCAGCGCCGUCACACAAGAAUCCGGGACACGGGCGACCCUUUCUAGUCUAAGCAAUAAAGACGUCGAGUCGCGCAGCUACACGAUUGACGAGAUCACGACGGCAUAUAAGACCCUUUCGGACCCCACCCUCCGCGCAGAAUAUGAUCGUGUUCUCCGACUUGAUCGGGUAAAGGUGGCGGAGCGGGAGAAGACGGGCGACGUUUUUCAUACUGGGUUGGAAAUUGUUGAUUUGGAGGAUUUGGGAUGUGAUGAGAGUGGUGGGGAGGGUGCGGUGUGGUAUCGCGGAUGUCGGUGUGGUGAUGAUCGGGGAUUCCUGGUCUCUGAGGAUGAGUUGGAAAAGGAGGCGGAGCAUGGCGAGAUUGUUGUUGGGUGUCGGGGUUGCUCCCUGUGGUUGAAGGUGCUCUUUGCUGUUGAGGAUGAUGGGUGA